UAUAAUAUUUACAUGAAUGAAUAUAUUUUACAAAUGAUCAUGUAUUAAAACUGCACUUUGUAGUGUAAAACAUUUCUAUGCUUUAAAUGUCCUUGACUGGUGUAAAUGCUCAGUAUACGUAAAAAGUCUUAAUGACUGUUUUCACUUCCUGGAUAAUCAUUACAUGAAAUCCUUACAUUGUGAUGGAGGCGGCUUUACUUUUCUGUUUAUUCAUUGUGAUGAUUAAUUUAGGGGGAGCGUACGAAAAUUUAGCCUUAAACAAAACAGCGUGGCAGCAGCAUCCUUACCCCGAUAGACCCUGGGGAGCAGAGCGUGCUGUUGACGGACGAAAGUCUGACCUGUCUGUUUAUGGAUUACAGUGUACAGUGUCAGCAAAUAAAAAAACAACAGCAGAAUGGCGGGUAGACCUGGGUGAAAUACUCAGUAUACACCACAUCUUUAUACAGUACAGGACGGAAAAUACAGUAUGGGAUGCGAAUAAUGAUUAUACCAGAAGAUUCCUGGGAUACUCUGUCUACAUAUCAAACUCAACCAAUAAAGAGGACGGAGUACUAUGUUUUAAGGACACCAACUACACCAGAGCCACAAUACCCAACCCUACAAACGUAACGUGUAUCACACACGGUAGAUACGUCAUCUACUACAACAACAGGACCAACCCUCCGGAUCCUAAUGAUCUUGAUUUGUAUGCAUACAACGAGCUGUGUGAAGUAGAGGUUUAUGGAUGUCCCACACCAGGAUAUUACGGAGAGGACUGUUCCUUACCAUGUCCAGUUAACUGUCAGGAAGGUCAUUGUAACAUCGUGGAUGGAACGUGUCUUGGUUGUGUUGCUGGAUACCAGGGUCCAAAUUGUAUUGCACAAUGUAACGACAAAACAUACGGCAUUGGAUGUCUUCAGGUUUGCGGGAACUGUAGAAAUAAUGAGCCGUGUCAUAAUGUGAAUGGUAGCUGUCUAAACGGAUGUAAUAAUGGCUCGUAUAGUGUCAAGUGUGACAAAGCUUGUCCCGAAGGUCGGUAUGGCUACAACUGCCAGGGACAGUGUAACAUCAACUGUGGAGUUCCAUACAGAUGUGACAGGGUGACAGGGCAGUGUGAGGGAGGAUGCCAAGUUGGGUGGAAAGGCGUCACCUGCGAUACAAAGUGCAAUGAAGGUAAAUUUGGUCUACACUGUAACCAAUCAUGUGGAUUCUGCCUAAACAAAGGACAAUGUCAUUACAUUAAUGGUACUUGUCUGAUCGGAUGUGAUAGUGGUUAUCGGGGGAAUGAUUGUAAACAAGCUUGCGGUAACAAUACCUAUGGACAAGGGUGUUCGUUAACAUGCGGAAACUGCCUCUACUUAUAUGGAGAACAGUGUCAUCACGAGACUGGUCGAUGUCCACGUGGAUGUGACGUUGGUUUUCAGGGUGAACGUUGUGACCGAGCAUUUGAGUCCGCUACCUUGGAUGUUGAGUCAAAACAAUCAAAUUCCACACUGCUGUAUGUCUUUGUGACGUUUCUAAUCCUUAGUGGGCUGCUCAAUGCGUUUUUUAUAAUCGGAAAACUACGAAACACUAUUUGUAGUCAACAAACAAACAACGAAAAUCUUGAUUCACAUUUACAGAGAGUUGGUAAGGAUCCAGAACAGGCACAGCCUUCUUCUAAAUCCACGUACCAUCUCAACGUAGAUGAUAACAACACCGCUUAUCAUGAGCUUGGAGAAAUCAUCCAAGAGUCCCAUUACGAUAAACUAUGUGUAAACAUAUGCAACGCAUUGCUUCAAAUGGAAAGGAAUGUUUAUUUUUUGUUACCUUCUAUAUUGGUCAAUUUAGGGACAGCAUAUGAGAACAUAGCUUUAUAUAAGGCAGCAUGGCAGCAGCAUCCUUACAACAGUCAGUGGGAAGCGGAUCGUGCUGUGGAUGGACAGAAAUCUGAUCUGUCUGCUUUUGGGGGACAAUGUACACUUUCAGAAAACAAACAAACAACAGCAGAAUGGCGGGUGGAUCUCGGAGAAAUACUCAGUAUACAUCACAUCUUUAUUCAACAUAGAACAGACAACGUAGCAUGGGGUGAAACCAACGGUUAUACAGCUAGAGUUCUGGGAUUUACGGUCUACAUAUCAAACACAACCAAAAAAGAGGACGGGGUACUGUGUUUCAAGGACACUAACUACACCAGGACAACAAUGCCCGAUCACAUGAACACCACGUGUUUAGUACAUGGGAGAUACGUCAUCUACUACAACAACAGAACACACCCUCCCUAUCCUGCUGGAUAUUCUGAAUAUGCCUUUAAUGAUCUUUGUGAAGUAGAAGUGUACGGAUGUCCGAUAUCAGGAUAUUACGGAAAAGACUGUUCUUUAUCGUGUCCACAGAACUGUCAGGAAGGUCACUGUCACAUUGUAAAUGGAACGUGUCUCGGCUGUGUUUCUGGAUACAAAGGUCCAAAUUGUAAAGAAGAAUGCACCAAUAAAAUGUAUGACCUGGAAUGUAAGCAAACUUGUGGAAUUUGUAAAAACAACGAACAGUGUCAUCACGUGAACGGAAAUUGUCUGAACGGCUGUGACAGCGGAUAUUAUGGCACCAGGUGCGACUUAGCCUGCCCCAGUGGUCGUUAUGGCUUCAACUGUCAGGAACAGUGUAGCAUCAACUGUGGAGUUCCAUACAGAUGUAACAGGGUGACAGGGCAGUGUGAGGGAGGAUGCCAAGUGGGGUGGAAAGGCCAAACAUGCGAUAAAGAAUGCAAUGAUAGGAAGUUUGGAAUGAACUGUAGUCAGCCGUGUGGAUUCUGUCUAGACAAAGAACAGUGUCAUUAUAAAAAUGGCACUUGUCCCAACGGAUGUGAUAGUGGUUACUAUGGCAGCGAACGUAAUGAAGUUUGCAAUAACAAUACAUAUGGACCAAGAUGCUUGUUGAAUUGUGGGAACUGUUUAUACCCGUAUGGAGAACAAUGUCAUCACGUGACUGGUCAAUGUCCACAUGGGUGUGUUGUUGGUUACCAUGGCAAUCUUUGUGAUCAAGGUAUGAAUAGUGAUGCCAAUCAAUAUUAA